GGUGACAUACCAAGCCAGGUUGGUGUUCGUGAAGUGCUGGAUCAGAUGGAUACUACCGUGGAUGUGAAGCCACCAUCUUCGCCAGUACCAAGCAAAAAGGAAUAUUUUAUUGGCAAAACUUUCGUUAAUGUUCCACGGGCAAACACCGAAAUUGUUGGUUGUAUGCGAGAUUGUAUGAUUGAAGACUGGGACAUUUUUGAGCAAAUGGUAGAUUACUGCUACAGGCAUGUGUUAUUCUGCGAGAGCCAGUAUCAGCCAGCACUCUUCUCAGAAGCACCUUGGAAUACGAAAGCAAAGCGUGAAAAACUGACGGAGUUGAUGUUCGAGAAAUAUAAUGUUCCCGCGUUUUAUGUGGUGAAGAAUGCCGUUUUGACCUGCUAUGCAAAUGGCCGUACAGCUGGCUUAAUCCUGGACAGUGGUGCAACACAGACAUCGGCUGUUCCGGUCUUCGAUGGCUACUGCAUGACGCAUGGUUACCAAGUCCGAAGUCCACUUUCGAAAUAUCUUUAUUUUGCAGUUCGUGCAAUGUACUCAGGCCUUACGGUGACAGGAGGUAACUCAUUGUUGAUGGGUUUCACCGAAAGACUCAAUCAUGACCUCGCUCACAAAUGCCCUCCGACCAUAAAAUUGCGAGUAUAUGCAGCACCCACGCCGAUGGAAAGACGAUUCGGAGCUUGGAUUGGUGGAUCAAUCUUGGCUUCACUUGGCGCAUUUCAACAAAUGUGGAUCAGUCGAGCGGAAUAUGACGAUGAGGGAAAAUCGAUUGUGACGAAGAAAUGCGCGUAG